AUGUUGUCGCCGAAAUACCGGCGCUUGCUCGCACGAGCACAGAGCAUUCCUGACCUUGACAACGUUGCGAGCCUGUCUGUAGACGUUUUGACAUCAGAGAGCACUUGGAUGGGCCCUUAUGGGUUCUCGAAAGCGUUGGUGCGUCGCGCCGCCGAAAUACUAGCCGUCGACGGUCGCUUGAAACACAAAAGCGUGCGGGUGAACGUCACUUGCCCUGGUUGGGUCUGCACGGACAUGGGCGGUGACCAGGCGCCUGUAGAGGUUGCGGAAGGUGCUCAGCACGUGUUACAGGACGCACUCGAUCCAGAGUCCAGCGCGACGGGCAGCUAUGUUUGCUUCUGCUACAAAAAUUACGACGCGGAGCACCUGCGCGCAUGGGAGGAGAAACACGGUAAACGGGAAGAAGAAAAGUAA